AUGGACAAAAAUCAGGAUUUUGUGUCACCGGAAUAUACCAGUAGACCUAUUAUCUUAUCUCCGCCGCCAAUGGAGCCGCUGACGUCGAGUUUCGGCGGUGAUUCGUUGCGUUUAGGUCCUCAGAAUUACCAAAGAAACCAAAGUGUGGGCUAUAACUUGCAACAGGAGUUUGAAGCGCUCAAGGCUGACUUGGACUUGGACUUGAGUAACUCCAACGAUGGCGUUAACGAUGCGCCGGACCGUGACUCCUCGUCAGCGUCGAGUAACAUCGCCCUCAAUGCUGGAGCCCCAGGCUCGGCACAUGGCCCCCAAUCACAAGGCUCACAAGGCUCACACGGCUCUCACGGGCCUCAUGGCUCCCAUAACACCCAUGGACAGUCUAGUAACUCUGCUUCUGGCUCUCGUGUGUUGUCCGGCGGGCCCAGUUUGCUCUCGCCCGUCAGCAAUGCUAGCAACUCCAACUUUGGCUUGGGACCUUCCCUCUCGGACAAUUUGAUGAGAGAUAGGGCCCUCUCACCAGGGGCAAGUAACUCAGGUGGUCUCCAAGCGUUGUUGAACAACAAGAGCACGGGGUUCUUGCCUAAUUUGAACUCGGUGCCCAGUAGGCCGCAAAGUGUCAACGACUUCUCCAACUUGUUGCCGAGACUGUCGCAGCAGACAUUCUCAAGAGUACACAACUCCUCGAACUUCUACCUGGACAUGUUGUCGUUCACCGGCUGGAUCGAAAACUUGUCGCCGCAGGACAUGCUUAUCAUGCUCGACUAUUGGUGUAACAACUUGCCAUUUGACAUCUUGCUCACCAUGAGAUCUAGGUUGGAGACUCAUACCCAUCUGGGCUCACAGCCUCCAUCAUUCUCCAACGUCUCCAAUAUGUCCUACCCUCAGUACGGUGCUGAUUACAUGCCCGAAAUCGACUCUUUGUCUCUAGACGGCAUGAGACACCAACAGACAAUGUCGAAUGUGAGUCUUGUCCAACCUAAACCUAAGGCCAACACUUUCCGUAGCCACUUGUUUGUUGACCCCAAGGUUCAGAGACCUAAGCUGGCUGAUCCUACUGUGAAGCCACAAGCUGGUCAAGCACAAUUUGAUCGUGCCAGAUCGCCUGCUUCCCACUUGUACGAGAAGACAAACUUCUUGCAAUUGGCCGCAGCCAGCUCCAACUCGCCUCAUUCGUACCCUCUGGGCCAACAGAUGACCAACAGUUCAGAGGAAGGCUUGGACUUGUCUGCUACAUCCAAAUUGGGAGCUCUAGCAACCAUCAACUCUCGAGUUGCGCUUGACUCCAACAGGAAAAACCACCAGGUUGGUCCUAACAGACACACUGCUCUUGCGUACGAAGAGCUGAUCAACCGCACCGCUAACUCGUCUUCGGUGCCUGCGCCAACUACCCAGAAAUACUCGACAGCUGCCAUGGCAGGCAUGGUUAAGAAAAAGGAGGUGGAGUCGCCUAUUAAGGUCAGACCCAGUACUCCCGUGGGCAACUCUUCGAUGCCCAAUGAAAUCGCCAGUGUGGAGUUGUUGAACAACAUUCCUGCUUGGUUGAAGUUGCUCAGAUUGCACAAGUACACCGACUGUCUCAAAGACAUCUACUGGAAGGAUUUGGUGGAGUUGAGCGACGAACAGUUGGAAGACAAGGGAGUCAAGGCUUUGGGAGCCAGAAGAAAGUUAUUGAAGGCGUUUGACACCGUCAAACAGGCAAGAACUUAG